AGGCCUGUACAUGUAAAUUGUACACACACACAUGUCACACUUUCCUACAGAAACUUUUUGAACAUGAAUGUCACACUAAAAGGACAGAAUUAGUGUCAUUUGACAUGAAGAUCAUCACUCGCACUUUUGGACGAAUUCCUCAUAUCAGUCAUCUGUCAAUAGUGACAAUAACGAUAGACAAAUUUGAUUUAUUGAAGUGUCUACAACAUUCAAUGACCUUCAACUGUUUUAAGUGAACGUAAACGCCAUGCUGAGGCAACUUACAAAAAGUGUUGCAGUAGCUGCAGUGGCAGGGUCUGGAGGAUUUGUGGUCCAAAAGUCAGGUUUAGUGGAUGUGAAGUCAACAGGGAUAUUUAGAUUUGGACGGGCUGCUCUUUUUAUAACGGGCAUUGGCUGGGAUUAUAAGAAAACACUGAAGGGACUUGAUACUGAAAGUGAAGAGUAUGUGGUAAUUAAGUCAAAGCUUCAUCUCCGAUCUGCUGAGAAGUUGCGUGAACUAUGCUGUCUCAAUGGAGGCUGUUUUAUCAAAGUCGGCCAGCAUCUCGGGGCAUUGGAUUACUUGCUACCACCAGAGUAUGUCAGCACGUUGAAAGUCUUACACAGCGAUGCACCCCAGACACCGGUCAAUCGACUUCAGAAAGUCAUCAAGGAAGACCUUGGAAAAGACGUUGAUGAACUGUUUACAAGUUUUGAGAACGAGCCACUCGGGGCUGCGUCCCUCGCUCAGGUCCAUAAAGCUACUCUCAAAGAUGGCCGAGUAGUGGCCGUCAAGAUCCAACAUCCUGAUGUCCAGUCGCAUGCUGCCAUUGACAUGAAGUGUAUGGAAAUCCUAGUCAAAGCUGUGGCAUGGGCCUUUCCCGAGUUCCAGUUCAUGUGGUUAGCAGAGGAGACAAAGAAAAAUCUUCCAAAGGAGUUGGAUUUCUUACACGAAGGCAGGAACUGUGAGAAGAUGGGGAAGAUGUUCAGCAGGUUUACGUUUUUGAAAGUUCCCAAGAUAUACUGGGAUUUGUCUACGAAACGCAUCCUGACGAUGGAGUUCUGUGAAGGGGGUAAAGUCAAUGACAGGGAAUAUAUGGAUAGGCAUGGGAUAUCAGUGAAUGAGGUUUCUUCUAAACUUGGCAAGCUCUACAGCGAGAUGAUAUUUGUCAAAGGUUACAUCCACUGUGAUCCCCAUCCUGGCAAUGUGCUCGUCCACAAGACCAAUCAAGGCACCAAGCUUGUGCUUCUUGACCAUGGUUUAUAUCAGACUUUGACCGAUGAGUUCCGAAUCAGUUAUUGCCAUUUAUGGACGUCAAUCAUCAAUGCGGACGUGAACGGCAUCAAGCACUAUGCAGACAAGAUGGGAUGUGGUCACGUGUUUGGUCUAUUUGCCUGUGUGCUGACAGCAAGGUCAUGGGAGGCCGUGUCAGCAGGGGUGAACAAGACAAAUUUCACAGAAGCAGAGGGUGAUGAAAUCAAAUCAGAGGCAAGUCGUUACCUGCCGGAGAUCGCCGACAUCUUGAACAGCGUCCCGAGGGAGAUGUUACUCAUCCUGAAGACCAACGAUCUCCUCCGUGGGAUCGAGAGUGUGCUACGAACGAGAGCGAGUUCAAGUUCGUUCAUCACCAUGGCUAAGUGCUGCACCCGUGCUGUGGCAAAUUACGAUCAAAUGUUAUGCAACUCGUGGACAUCGAGGUUUAGAAUUUCUGUCCGUCUGCAGUGGAGCCUGCUGAAGAUUCAAAUCUAUGAACUAUUCUUGUAUGCAAGAACAUUGAUUUCUAGAAAGAAUACAUUAUUAUGAUGAUUGUAAUAGAUUAGGAUAAAGUCAUAACCAUUAGGAUAAUAUCAUAAUAUUGAAUUCUGCCUAAGGACAUAACUGGUCUCUUGAUUAGCCUCAUCUUAAAAGGUGAGGCAGUUCUUCUCCCUUUAUCUGUUGAUUUUGGAGAAGCAAAAUACCGAGUGAUUUUACAACAGGUGCAUUGGAGAUUUUAAACGAAUGUCAUUGUAACAAAACAAAGUGAUUUUGAUGUGAAAAUUUGAAACUGCCUUGUUUGGCAUUCUCAUGCUGCAUCUCUGUGAUAAAGUUAGCUCCUCCACUGGGAUUUCAGUGAGUCUUUUCUGUGUAAGAUAAGUUAUUUUAUUGCUGUAAAAUAAUAUGCAUUUUAUCAAGAAUUAAAAAAGAAUUCUUGAUUUUACAUAUUUAAGUCACUUGGUACUUUUGUACUUGUUUGUUGAUGAAGAAUAAAA